CUAAACAUGGUGCACUAAUUGGGAUUAUAGGUAAAUCGGAAAUCGUUUUUCGCGUGAAAAUAGUCUUACCUUUGAGAACUGUAGAUUUAGCGGCAAAAUCAUGACACUGACAACGAUUAAAGACGGCGAAUACACCGCCACUGUCUACAAAAUGAUCAAAGAUGGGCGGUAUGGAGAGGCUAUCCACAUCCUCAGCAAUGAACUGCAGAAACAGAUGAAGUCACGGGCAGCCCUGUCUCUGCUAGGCUACUGCUACUACCACAUGCAGGACUUCACCAACGCAGCAGAGUGCUAUGAGCAGCUGACCCAGCUACACCCCGAGGUGGAGGAGUACAGGCUGUAUUACGCCCAGUCUCUGUACGGGGCCUGUGCCUACCCCGAGGCCAUGAAGGCUACCUUUCUAUUGGACAACCCUACCAGCCACACCAAGAUGAUCAAACUGCAGGCAUCCAUCAAAUACGGAGAAGAGGAGUACUCUGGAGCGAAGACACUGGUAGAGCAGCUUCCCCAGGACGACCCAGACUAUGACGUGGACAUGGGCUGUCUACUCUACAAGGAGGGGGAGUACGAGGAGGCUUGCAAGAAGUUCAUGUCUGCCAUGCAGGUGCUGGGCUACCAACCAGAACUGUCCUACAACAUAGGUCUGUGCUACUACAGUAUGAAACAGUAUGGUCAGGCCCUCAAGUUCAUCGGAGAGAUCAUCGAGAGAGGGAUCAGGGAACAUCCAGAGCUGAGCGUUGGCAUGACGACAGAGGGCAUUGACGUGAGGAGUGUUGGGAACACCCUGAUCCUACAUGAGACCGCCCUCAUAGAAGGCUUCAACCUCAAGGCUGCUAUAGAAUACCAGCUCAAAAACUGCGAUGCAGCUCAGGAGGCCUUGACUGACAUGCCUCCCAGAUCAGAGGAGGAGCUGGACCCAGUGACGCUCCACAACCAGGCCCUGAUGAACAUGGAUAAGAAGCCAUCGGAGGGUUUUGAGAAACUGGCCUUCCUCCUGCAGCAGAUCCCCUUCCCCCCGGUCACCUUCGGAAACCUGCUGCUACUAUACUGCAAAUAUGAGUAUUUUGAUCUGGCUGCUGAUGUGAUGGCAGAGAAUGCACACCUCAUCUACUGUUAUACUUAUCUGUAUGAGUUUCUGGACGCCAUGUUGACCUGCCAGACCGCUCCAGAGGAGAUACAGGAAGCCAGACUAGCCCGUGACCUGUGUGUAAUCUUUGUCUCUAAGAUACAGGAAGCCAGACUAGCCCGGGAUAACGAAGCCUUGAAGAAAACCCUCCAGGACUACGAUGAGAUGGUGGAGAAGUACAUCCCAUUUCUGAUGGCCCAGGCUAAGAUCUACUGGAACAGGGAGAACUACCAGAUGGUUGAGAAGAUCUUCCGUAAGUCGGUGGAGUUCUGCAACGAACACGACACCUGGAAGCUCAACGUGGCUCACGUUCUCUUCAUGCAGGAGAACAAGUACAAGGAAGCCAUCGGCUUUUACGAACCCAUCGUUAAGAAACACUACGACAACAUCCUGAAUGUCAGUGCUGUUGUGCUGGCUAACCUGUGUGUCUCCUAUAUCAUGACCAGCCAGAACGAAGAGGCUGAAGAACUGAUGAGGAAGAUCGAGAAGGAGGAAGAGCAGAUCUCCUACGACGACCCCGAUAAGAAAGUCUUCCACCUCUGUAUCGUCAACCUGGUUAUAGGGACCCUGUACUGUGCCAAGGGGAACUACGACUUUGGCAUCACCCGUGUCAUCAAGAGUCUGGAACCGUACAACAAGAAGCUGGGAACAGACACCUGGUUCUAUGCUAAGCGCUGUUUCCUGUCUCUGCUGGAGAACACGGCCAAACACAUGAUCAUGAUCAGGGACUCCGUUGUUCAGGAGUGUAUUCAGUUCCUGGAGCACUGUGAAGUGUACGGUAAGACAGAGCCAGCCAUGAUAGAACAGCCACUGGAGGAGGACAGGAUGCACAUCGGAAAGAACACCGUCACCUACGAGUCUCGCCUCCUCAAAGCUCUCUUCUACGAGGUCAUCGGAUGGAACCAGUGAUGUCAUACUAGAACGGAACAGAGCCUGUGAUGUCACCGGACGGAACCCGGUGAUGUCAUCGGACAGAACCAGUAGUUUACACUAAAGCCUUUUUAAAACCUGUUCUACACUCCAAACAGUUCAAAUCUAUCAACCUGGACCACAUCACAUGAGCCAUUAUAGUACAUUAUAUAUUUGGCUUGUUGUUAUUUUCUGCAUCAUCUGAAAGUUACAAGCUGUUGUUCUGACUUCUGUUAAACAUAUUCUGGACUCUC